AGUUUGGAGGGUGGUAUUUGGCAAGGUUUGCUCUUGCAGCUCCCAAGAAAGUGGAGAUAAUCCGUGAAAGACAAUUGCUCCCAGACACAUUCAAAAAACUGUAGAGCCUCUGUCUUCAGCACUUCUUCGUAUGGAGGCYGGAGUGGUGCGUGCAGUGUGAAGGGUCUUGUGAGCGUGGCGAGGAAGGGCCCUGUCUCCUGCCAACGCUGCCUUGCUCUGUGGGCUGGAGGAUGGCUAACAACGUUCACAUGAGCGGGCUGCUGAGUCGCCACGAUGACGAAGCGACGCGGACGUCGACCUCGGAAGGUCUGGAGGAGGGUGAGGUGGAGGGGGAGACCCUCUUGAUCGUUGAGUCCGAGGAUCAGGCCUCCGUGGAUUUGUCRCACGAUCAGAGUGGAGACUCUCUGAACAGCGACGAAGGAGAUGCCUCCUGGAUGGAGGAGAUGUCCUAUUACUGCGAGAAGUGUCAGAAGUGGAUACCAGCCAGCCAACUGAGAGAACAGCUCAGCUACCUCAAAGGCGAUAACUUUUUCAGGUUUACUUGCUCUGACUGCUCAGAAGAUGGGAAGGAGCAAUACGAACGGCUGAGAUUAACAUGGCAACAAGUUGUCAUGCUGGCAAUGUACAAUUUGUCCCUGGAAGGAACUGGCCGCCAAGGGUACUUCAGGUGGAAAGAAGAUAUUUGUGCUUUUAUUGAGAAACACUGGACUUUUUUGUUAGGGAACAGGAAAAAGACCUCGACAUGGUGGAGCACAGUGGCCGGCUGUCUUUCUGUAGGAAGCCCCUUGUUCUUCCGCUCAGGAGCACAGGAAUUUGGAGAACCAGGGUGGUGGAAGCUUGUUCAUAACAAACCCCCAACAAUGAAACCUGAAGGAGAGAAGCUGCCUUCAUCCGCGCUGAAGGCAAAAGCAGCUUCCAAGCCACCCCUGGAUCCCAUCAUUACUGUGGAAGGGCUUCGGAAACGGGUGAGCCGCAAUCCCGUGGAGUCCGCCAUGGAGCUGAAGGAGAAGAGGUCUCGCACGCAGGAAGCCAAGGAUAUUCGGCGAGCCCAGAAGGAGGCAGCCGGCUUCCUGGACCGCAGCACGUCCUCCACGCCGGUGAAAUUCAGCAGCCGAGGCCGUCGCCCUGACAUAGUCCUCGAGAAGGGAGAGGUCAUUGAUUUUUCCUCCUUGAGCUCCUCGGAUCGCACCCCUCUGACAAGUCCGUCUCCUUCCCCAUCUCUGGACUUCUCCGCUCCUGGAACUCCAGCCUCACACUCGGCUACUCCCAGCCUGCUUUCGGAAGCGGAUCUCAUCCCAGAUGUCAUGCCACCACAGGCCCUGUUUCAUGAUGAUGAAGAGAUGGAAGGAGAUGGAGUCAUAGAUCCGGGAAUAGAGUAUGUGCCCCCUCCAAGUGGAACAGCUGGGGCUGGGAUAACGAGCAGAAAAAAAGUGAAGACAGCCGAGCAGAUCAAGCAAGAGGUGGAGAGCGAAGAAGAAAAAGCAGAGAGGAUGGAAGGCGAUGGUGAGGAUCCCGAGGAGCCCAAUGCAUCCCUGCAGGCAAGGGGGCGGGACAAGAGGAAAGCCCAGCUGGAGAAGGAUGCUAAAGCCAGAGCCCCCAAGCAUGUCUCUGUGAGUAUCUAUGAAGAAAAGCUGCUGCUGAAGAGACUGGAAGCGUGUCCCAAUGCCAUCAGCAUGACCCCGGAGGCGCGGAGACUGAGGCGCAAGCUGCUGGUCAGGCAGGCCAAGAGGGAAAGAGGGCUGCCCCUCUUCGACUUGGACCAGGUUGUGAAUGCUGCCCUGCUGCUGGUCGAUGGGAUUUAUGGAGCCAAAGAAGGAAGUGGCCCCCGGGCCCAAGCGGGACAAGCAACCUACAGAACCACCAGCCAGGACUUCAGGAUCUUGGACAGAUACCAGACAGUGCUGCCUGCCUUGAAGGGGUAUCGACAGCAGACGACGAAAUUUCUGUACCGACUGGUAGGCUCCGAAGACCUGGUGACAGACCACAGUAUUGUCAGUCCUUACACAUCUCGGGUCCUGAAGCCCUACAUCAGGCGGGACUAUGAGACAAAGCCCCCAAAGCUCAGGCUGCUGGCAGAAAUCCGGGCGUAUCCACACAGGACUCAUCCCAGCUGGAAGGCCGAGCCAGAAGCACCCAUCGAUUACUGCUAUGUUCGCCCUAAUCACAUACCCACUAUAAACUCCAUGUGCCACGAAUUCUUCUGGCCUGGAAUUGAUUUGUCCGAGUGUCUGCAGUACCCAGACUUCAGCGUUGUUGUUCUUUACAAAAAAGUUAUUAUUGCCUUUGGCUUUAUGGUACCAGACGUGAAAUACAACGAGGCCUACAUCUCUUUUCUGCUCGUCCACCCCGAGUGGAGAAGAGCUGGAAUUGCAACCUUCAUGAUCUACCAUCUUAUCCAGACCUGCAUGGGCAAAGAUGUAACCCUUCACGUCUCCGCAAGCAACCCCGCUAUGCUGCUCUACCAGAAAUUCGGAUUUAAGACCGAAGAAUACAUCUUGGACUUUUAUGACAAGUACUAUCCCUUAGACAGCAAGGAGUGCAAACACGCGUUCUUCCUCCGGCUGCGCCGCUGAGCUGCCGGUGCUGGGAGAAGCCCAGAGCUGCCCUGGAUUUGGGCCGAGGAUGUUGAGAGGGCUGAAACACCCCGACACCUCUACCCCUGGGACCGACGAUGCCAACAGCGCUGCGGUGUCUGCUCAUUGUGCAAACUGAGGGCGCUGCCGUGUGUCCUCCAAGAGCAGGGGCCGCCUGGGACAUGCUGGAACCACUGGAAGACUGAACGUAUCUAUGAGGUGUCUUUCUGCACCUAUCGUUUUGGAGAGCCCCACGCACACAGCUUGCCACGUCAGGGGGGCUCUAGAAAUCUCAAGUUUUAAAACCUGUCCAAGGAAAGUGUCACAGUUUUUGUUGUUGGUGGGUUUUUGGUUGAUGGAAAAUGAAGGACCUCUAGACUUAAAUCAUGUGAAGUGUUUCUGUGAUUCGACGGCUGUGUUAGGAACCAUGUUUUGAAUCUGUGAAGGGAAAUAUGAUAGUGCUUUGUAUAGUUGGACGCUAACUUCAGGAAAGCUCUGCACCGGUCAGCACAGCGACACUGGAACCAUUAUGGGAAUAAYGAAGAGUGUGUGAAGAGCGUGUGUUACAUGAUCCCCAAUGAAGGGCACAGAGAUGUCCUUGUCCUGCGCCCUCCCUGCUGCCUUCCCUUGUUGAACGUGUGCUAAACCUAAAGUUCUCCUMGUUGCUGGUAUUUUGCCUUCAGGAACAACACAUCCAGCACAUUUGUAGCCAGGGGACAUAGAACACUGCAGCUGCCACAGGCUGUUUUUUUGUUUCUUUUUUGCAAUUUUGCUGUCCAUCCCCUGGUUCUGUAUGCGGAGACCCGUGCCCGGAGCUGCACCUCUAACCACGGGCCCACGCGAACGGGUGCCGCUGCUUCCCCCCAGGCAGGGACGCAGCUGGAGCAAAAGUCGGGACGGGUCUGA